AAAUGGAUACAUUCCGAUCUCAGCGCCUUGAAGACUCAGUCUUGUUGGCUCAGUCGCCUGCUGAUUAUUGCAUAAUUUUGGACUUCAAUUCUAGGGUUUAAUUGUCUGAUGCCUACAUUUUGACAUGAAGUUAUGUGCACUGGAUGCACUCUGCUUAAUUCAUCGGAAUUCGAUUAUCUGAUCCUGUCUCACGCAUUUUCCGACACUGAAACUCCCUCUACCAGCAAUGGCAGCUUCGCCUGUUAAGUUUCUCUUCGGAUUCUUGCUCCUUUCGAUCACACUAUGGCUGUUUUUCAUGUUUGCUUCUAGAUUGGUGGCUUGGAUUUUGAGCAGGGUUGUUGGAGCAUCAGUAGCAUUUCGUGUGGGAGGGUGGAAAUGUUUAAGGGAUGUUGUGAUCAAGUUCCGGAAGGGUGCUAUUGAAUCUAUAUCAGUUGGUGAAAUUAAAUUGAGCUUGCGCCAGUCCCUGGUCAAACUUGGCGUUGGCUUUAUUUCUAGGGAUCCAAAGUUACAGAUAUUGAUAUGUGACUUAGAAGUUACUAUGAGGCCUUCAAAUAAAGGUGGGCCAAAGUCUUCCAAACCUCGGAGACCCCGCACCCGCACUUCGGGCAGAGGAAAGUGGAUGGUUGUAGCCAAUAUUGCAAGAUAUUUGUCAGUUUCAGUGACAGAUUUGGUUCUAAAGACUCCCAAAGCUACCAUUGAAGUUAAGGAUUUCAGCAUUGAUAUAUCUAAAAAUGGUGGAACAAGUUCAAAUUUGUUUGUCAAGUUACAAAUAUUGCCUAUAUUUGUGCAUUUGGGAGAACCACGAGUUAGUUAUGAACAAUCAUCCAACUUAAGCAGUGGAGGAUCUGCUGUCAAUUCAUCUUUUUCCACAAUGGAGAAAUCUUCUGCCCCUUUUAGUUGUGAAGAAUUCUCUCUGUAUAGCGAAUUUGGUCAUGACAGGGAAGCGGGUAUAAUUGUUAAGAAUGUUGAUAUCACAUUUGGAGAGAUUAAUUUGAACUUGAAUGAGGAGCUAUUUUCAAAAAGCAAGAAGGGAACGGACACUACCUUUCCCUCUGAUAAAACUGUUGAGUCAACUGCUGAAUCUCUCCCUACAGUGAAGCCACAGAAGAAGCAAGCACUUGCAUCUCUUUCAAAGUAUACCUCUAUUUUCCCAGAAAAGGUUUCCUUCAGUCUGCCCAAACUGAAUGUUAAGUUUGUGCACCGUGAACACGAGCUUGUUGUUGAAAACAACAUCAUGGGCAUUCAAUUUAAGAUAAUCAAAUCACGUUGCUCUGAGGAUUUAGGAGAGAGUGCGCGUUUUGAUCUUCAAAUGGAGUUCAGUGAGAUUCAUCUACUUAGAGAGGCUGGCACUUCCGUUCUGGAGAUUCUAAAAGUUGAUGUGGUUACCUUUGUUUAUGUUCCGACACAAUCAGCAUCACCUAUUAGGGCUGAAGUGGACUUAAAGUUGGGAGGUACUCAGUGCAACAUAAUAAUGAAUAGACUGAAACCAUGGCUGCGCCUUCAUUCCUCCAAAAACAAAAAGAUGGUUCUACGGAAGGAAACAUCUUCUGAAAAGCCACAAUCUUCUGAGCCCAAGGCAACAAUAAUGUGGACAUUUACGAUGUCAGCCCCUGAAAUGACUAUUGUGCUUUACAGUAUAAGUGGCUCUCCGCUGUAUCAUGGCUGUUCACAAUCUUCACAUUUGUUUGCAAAUAAUAUAUCAAACAUUGGAACUACAGUACACAUGGAGCUUGGUGAAUUAAAUUUGCACCUGGCUGAUGAAUACCAAGAAUGCUUGAAGGAGAGCCUUUUUGCUGUGGAAUCAAAUUCAGGUUCUUUGAUACACAUAGCUAAGAUAAGUUUGGAUUGGGGAAAAAAGGACGUUGAACAAUCUGAAGAAGAGGGUCAAAGAAGCAAACUGGUUUUGUCUGUUGAUGUGACUGGUAUGGGUGUCUAUUUUACAUUCAAGCGCAUUGAGUCACUUGUCUCAACUGCUAUGAUUUUUAAAUCACUUCUAAAACAACUCUCGGGUUCCCGGAAAAAACCUACGCAGAGUCGAGGGGAUCGUUCAACUAAAUCAUCUGGGAAAGGGACCAAACUUCUGAAACUUAAUCUUGAACGAUGUUCCAUAACCUUUUGUGGGGAUAUGGGUUUGGAGAACACAACUGUUGCAGACCCUAAACGUGUCAAUUAUGGAUCACAAGGUGGUCAAGUUAUUAUAAGCGUCAAUGCUGAUGGCACACCUCGUUGUGCAAGUGUAAUGUCUGCUGUGUAUGAUGAAUGCAAAAGCUUGAAUUAUUCCAUAGCUCUUGAUAUUUUUCAUCUCAGCUUAUGUGUGAACAAGGAGAAACAGUCCACACAGGUUGAAGUUGAGAGAGCUAGGUCAAUAUAUCAAGAACAUUUGGAGGGACAAGGUGAAGAUACAAAACUGACAUUUUUUGACAUGCAAAAUGCUAAGUUUGUAAGACGUUCUGGGGGUCAGAAAGAGAUCUCUGUAUGCUCUCUUUUUAGUGCUACUGAUAUUUCAGUUAGGUGGGAGCCAGAUGUACAUCUAUCUCUUCUUGAACUUGGUCUACAGCUGAAAUUACUUGUGAAUAACAAAAAGGAGCAGGUAGAUAAUAACAUAUUUGCCGAAGAUCCUUCAAACUCAAAAGAUUCUGAACAAACGACAGAAACCAUCUCUGAAUCAGGGCAGCCUGAUAAAUACAAGAAAAGGGAAUCAAUAUUUGCUGUUGAUGUGGAAAUGUUGAGAGUUUUUGCUGUGGCUGGAGAUGGAGUUGAUACAGUUGUUCAGGUUCAGUCAAUUUUUUCUGAAAAUGCACGUAUAGGAGUACUUCUAGAAGGACUUUUUCUUAGUUUCAAUGGUUCAAGAGUAUUGAAAAGUAGCCGAAUGCAGAUUUCACGCAUUCCUCGUGCGUCUACUGGUGCGUGUGAUAUGAAGGUGCCUGUUACCACUUGGGACUGGGUUAUUCAAGGUCUGGACAUACAUAUUUGCUUGCCAUUCCGGUUACAAUUACGUGCAAUUGAUGAUUCUGUUGAGGAUAUGCUGCGUGCUCUAAAGCUUGUUACUGCUGCUAAAACAUCUCUGAUUUUUCCAAUGAAGAAAGAAAGCUCAAAAGCUAAAAAGGCUAGUUCAAGCAAAGUUGGGGGUUUAAAGUUCUGCAUACGCAAGUUAACUGCUGAUAUUGAGGAGGAACCAUUGCAGGGAUGGCUUGAUGAACACUAUCAACUAAUGAGAAAAGAAGCUUCUGAAUUAGCUGUUAGGUUAACAUUUCUAGACGAUUUUAUUUCUAAAGCGAACAAUGUUACGAAAACUGCUGAAACAAGUGAAUCUACUCAAGAAAGAAAGGCAUACUACAAUGGCGCUGAAGUUGAUGUACAAAAUCCAACAGAUGUGCUCAGAAUGCGAGAUGAGAUAUAUAGACAGUCAUUUCAAUCUUAUUAUCGGGCAUGUCAAAAUUUACGGCUAUCAGAAGGUUCAGGUGCAUGUAGUGAAGGGUUCCAGUCUGGUUUUAAACCUAGCACUGCCAGAACUUCUCUUAUGUCGAUUUCUGCUACAGAUUUAGAUGUUACCUUGACAAAAAUUGAUGGUGGAGAUACAGGAAUGAUAGACGUUCUAAAGAGGCUUGAUCCUGUAUGUGUUCAAGAUAACAUACCAUUCUCACGCCUAUAUGGGAGAAAUAUACUCUUGAAUGCAGGCUCUCUUGCGGUUCUGCUGAGAAAUUACACAUUUCCUCUAUUUUCUGCAACUUCUGGUAAAUGUGAAGGUUGUCUCGUGAUGGCACAACAGGCCACGUGUUUUCAACCUCAAAUAUUCCAAGAUGUGUAUGUUGGGAGAUGGAGAAAGGUACAGAUGCUCCGCUCUGCAAGUGGUACAACUCCUGCUAUGAAAACAUAUUCGGACUUGCCCAUUCAUUUUCAAAAGGCCGAGCUAUCUUUUGGAGUGGGAUAUGAACCAGUGUUUGCUGAUAUCAGUUAUGCUUUCACUGUGGCAUUACGUAGGGCUAAUCUUAGUGUCAUGAAUCCUGGUCCACUGAUUCUGCCUCCAAAAAAAGAGAAGAGUCUACCAUGGUGGGAUGAUAUGAGGUACUACAUUCAUGGAAAUAUCACUUUGUCCUUUUCCGAGACACGGUGGAAUAUUCUUGCAACUACUGAUCCUUAUGAAAAGCUUGAUACACUUAAAGUAUUGUCUGGUGAAUUGGAGAUCCAGCAGUCAGAUGGUCGCGUCUUUCUUUCUGCCAAGGAUUUUAAGAUUUUAACCAGCAGUCUGGAGAGUAUGGCUAAUAGUCGUGGUCAAAAACUUCCUGAUGGCAUAUCUGGUACAUUACUUGAAACACCACUUUUCACCCUUGAAGUAAUCAUGGAAUGGGAAUGUGAUUCUGGAACUCCAUUGAACCAUUAUCUACAUGCGCUUCCCAUUGAAGGAAAACUUCGCGAAUUUGUUUAUGAUCCAUUCAGAUCCACAUCUCUGUCACUCCAGUGGAAUUUCUCUCUUAGGCCCCCUCUUACGUGUGAGAAACAAUUGUCUGAUAAAAAUGAGUGUUCAACAAGAUUGAGUUUUGGGGCUCACGAUCUUGCUUGGAUCGUUAAGUUCUGGAACUUGAAUUACUUACCUCCUCACAAACUCCGUACCUUCUCUAGAUGGGCCCGUUUUGGUGUUCCUAGGAUUGUAAGAUCUGGUAAUUUGCCCAUGGACAAAGUAAUGACUGAGUUUAUGUUAAGAAUUGAGACUAGCAGUCCUGAGAUAAGACAUGUGCCAUUAGAUGACGAUGAUCCAGCAAAAGGACUGACUUUUAGUAUGUCAAAGCUGAAAUAUGAGAUUGGUUUCAGUCGAGGCAAGCAGAAAUAUACAUUUGAAUGCAAGCGGGAUACCCUUGAUCUUGUCUACCAAGGAGUUGAUCUUCAUAUGCUGAAGGUUUUCAUAAAUAAAGAAAAUAGCAGCAGUGUUGCAAAAGUAGUUCAAAUGACCAGGAAAAAUUCGCAAUCUGCUUCCAUGGAUAAAGUCCCAGUGGAGAAAGGCAAUAAUAAGGGCAGCUUAACUGAAAAACAUCGUGACGAUGGAUUUCUAUUGUCGUCUGAUUAUUUCACAGUUAGGCGGCAGACUCCAAAGGCUGACCCUGCUCGGUUAUUAGCCUGGAAAGAGGCUGGAAGAAGAAACCUUGAGAUGACAUAUGUGAGGUCUGAGUAUGGAAAUGGGAGCGAGAGUGAUGAGCAUGCACGAUCUGAUCCAAGUGAUGAUGAUGGAUACAAUGUGGUCGUAGCUGAUAAUUGCCAACGUAUUUUUGUUUAUGGACUCAAACUUUUAUGGACACUUGAGAACAGAGAUGCUGUUUGGUCUUUUGUUGGUGGCUUAUCCAAGGCAUUUGCACCUUCAAAGCCUUCCCCUUCACGACAAUAUGCACAGAGGAAACUACUUGAGGAGAACCAGCCACAUGAUAGAGCUCAAGUAUGUGAAGAUGGCGAGGUCUCUAAGCCCCCUGACAAUGAUGGUAUAAUUGCUUCUACAUCACAGUCAGAGGCUUUGGAACUACAACCAGCUACGUCACAUGGCAUUCAAACAGACAACUUAUCAUCUGCAGAUAAGGGGGAGAACUUACCAUCUGCCGAUAAGGGGGAGAACUUACCAUCUGCAGAUAAUGGGGAUAACUUACCAUCUGCAGAUAAGGGGGAUAACUUACCAUCUGCAGAUAAGGGGGAUAACUUAUCAUCUGCAGAUAAGAGGGAGAACUUAUCAUCUGCAGAUAAAGGGGAGAACUUGUCAUCUGCACCUGCAAGAAAUGGAAAUGUAGAUGACAACUCAGGGGAAGGGACUCGACACUUCAUGGUGAAUGUAGUGGCGCCUCAAUUCAAUCUUCAUUCAGAAGAAGCUAAUGGUAGGUUUCUGCUUGCUGCUGCUAGUGGUCGUGUUUUAGCACGAUCAUUCCAUUCAGUCCUCCAAGUUGGGUAUGAUAUGAUCGAGCAAGCUCUUGGCACUGGAAAUGUGCAAAUUCCAGAGUGUCAACCUGAAAUGACAUGGAAUCGGAUGGAGUUCUCAGUGAUGUUGGAGCAUGUUCAGGCUCAUGUUGCACCAACUGAUGUUGAUCCAGGGGCUGGAUUGCAGUGGCUACCAAAAAUUCUAAAGAACUCACCUAAAGUAAAGCGAACCGGAGCUUUGCUUGAAAGAGUGUUUAUGCCCUGUGACAUGUACUUCCGAUACACAAGGCACAAGGGUGGAACUCCAGAGUUGAAGGUGAAGCCAUUAAAAGAGCUCACUUUCACUUCUCAUAAUAUAACAGCGACAAUGACAUCGCGUCAGUUUCAAGUUAUGCUCGAUGUGUUGACAAACCUUCUUUUUGCUCGUCUUCCCAAGCCUCGAAAAAGUAGUCUUCCGUUUCCUUCAGAAGAUGAUGAGGAUGUUGAAGAGGAAGCAGAUGAGGUUGUCCCUGAUGGUGUUGAAGAGGUAGAACUUGCAAAAAUCAACCUUGAAAGGAAAGAACGGGAACAAAAGUUAAUUGUUAACGAUAUUAAAAAACUCUCUCUAUAUUGUGACGUAAACAAUGACCUAAAUCCAGAAAAAGAUGGUGAAAUGUGGAUGAUUUCAGGUGGAAAGAACUUGCUGGUGCAAGGAUUAAAGAGAGAGCUUGUGAAUGCACAAAAAUCUAGGAAGACGGCAUCUGCAUCAUUAAGGAUGGCUCUCCAGAAAGCUGCUCAGAUACGAUUGAUGGAGAAGGAGAAGAACAAAAGUCCUUCAUAUGCUAUGCGAAUUUCUUUGAAAAUUGACAAAGUAGUCUGGAGCAUGCUUGUCGAUGGUAAAUCUUUUGCAGAAGCUGAACUAAAUGACAUGUUUUAUGAUUUUGACCGUGAUUACAAAGACAUUGGCAUUGCUCUGUUUACAACAAAGUAUUUUGUUGUACGAAAUUGCUUGCCAAAUGCCAAGUCUGACAUGCUUCUAUCUGCAUGGAAUCCUCCGCCAGAAUGGGGAAAAAAAGUCAUGAUUCGAGUGGAUGCAAAGCAAGGAGCGCCAAGGGAUGGAAAUUCACUCCUUGAAAUGUUCCAGGUAGACAUUUAUCCCCUUAAAAUUCACUUGACGGAGACAAUGUAUCGAAUGAUGUGGGAGUACCUAUUUCCAGAAGAGGAACAAGAUUCACAAAGACGGCAGGAAGCUUGGAAGAUUUCCACAGCUGCAGGAUCAAAGCGUGUAAAGAAAGGUUCUUCAGUUCAUGAAGUAUCCGCAUCUAACACUCAGUCAAAAGAGUCUGAUAUGUUUUCCAAAUUAACUUUGUCCCUUGGUGGUCAAGGAUCUGCCAACGCAGAAUCUGCUCAAGCAUCAAAGUCUCAAAACCCAAAAUCUAAUGCUGGCAGCGGUACAGCCCCCGAGUUAAGGAGAACAUCUUCUUUUGAUAGGUCAUGGGAAGAGACUGUGGCGGAAUCUGUUGCUACUGAACUUGUCUUGCAGAGCAUUACCAAAAGUGGACCACUGGGUUCUACUGAGCAACAAGAUGAAGGUAAGAAUAAAUCAAAAGAUCCCAAAGCUAUAAAAGCUGGGCGAUCAUCCCAUGAAGAGAAAAAGGUGGUAAAAGUACAGGAUGAGAAGAGAUCCAGACCUCGAAAGUUGAUGGAGUUCCACAAUAUCAAGAUCAGUCAGGUUGAGUUGUGUGUUACUUACGAAGGAUCAAGAUUUGUUGUCAAUGAUCUUAAGUUGUUGAUGGAUACAUUUCAUCGUGUUGAGUUCACUGGGACUUGGCGAAGGCUGUUCUCUCGAGUUAAAAAGCAUAUCAUCUGGGGAGUUCUGAAGUCUGUCACAGGAAUGCAGGGUAAGAAGUUCAAAGACAAAGCACAUACUCAAAAGGAUGCGAGCAAUAUGGCUGUUCCUGACAGCGACUUUAAUUUGAGUGACAAUGAAGGGGCUCUGGUAGUGAAAUCCGACCAACAUCCAAUAACGUGGCUUAAUAAGCGGCCAACUGAUGGAGCAGGUGAUGGAUUUGUCACUUCCAUCAGAGGUCUUUUCAAUAAUCAGCGUAAGAAGGCCAAAGCCUUUGUGUUGCGCACAAUGAGGGGCGAAGAGAAUGACUUCCAAGGUGACUGGAGUGACACUGAUGCUGAAUUCUCACCUUUUGCUCGGCAGCUCACUAUAACAAAAGCUAAGAGGCUUAUUAGGAGGCAUACUAAAAAGUUCCGCGCUCGACAGAAAGGUUCAUCUUCUCAACAGAGGGAGUCCAUGCCCUCAUCUCCAAGGGAAACCACUCCAUAUGAAAGUGAUUCUUCUAGUGGGUCGUCACCAUUUGAAGAUUUUAAUGAACAGGAACUGCUGCAGCUGCAGCAAUUGCAAGGGGGGGAUGCACCUUCGGAAACUUGAAGAUGGCCUGAUAGACUAAAAAGAGCAUGAGGAUGAGACUGCACAUUCAUCUACUUUGACCAAUCACCAUGCGCUACAUCUCUCGUUGGAAGCCUACGCGAAUGGUCCUUGAAGGAUGAAGCAACCCUCUUUUUCUACUUUUUUUUUUGUUUAUAGGUUUUGAGUACACGAGCUCAUAAAUUUAUGAGCAACUGGAAAUCCAAUUUUGUCCGUACAUAUAUUAUUUAUGGUAUAUAAUAAUAAUGGUAUUUCCCA